UCAUACCCGUGAGACUUCACUGCACGUUUUCUCAAGUGUCUUCCUCACCCAUAAUGUGUAAUACCUCAACAUGGACCUGCUGCUUUAGCUAAGACAUGGCCAGCAAUGAAUAGUAGUAAGAUAUGUGCUGAUUAGAAGGCUUACUUGUGCAGUGUGAAGGAUAAGCAGUGCCUUACAAAAAUGGGGUUUGGGAGUGACCUGAAGAAUUCACAUGAAGCUGUGUUAAAAUUGCAAGACUGGGAAUUACGGUUACUGGAAACAGUGAAGAAAUUUAUGGCCCUGAGAAUAAAAAGUGAUAAAGAAUAUGCAUCUACUUUACAGAACCUUUGUAAUCAAGUUGAUAAGGAAAGUACUGUCCAAAUGAAUUAUGUCAGCAAUGUAUCCAAGUCUUGGCUGCUUAUGAUUCAGCAGACAGAACAACUUAGUAGGAUAAUGAAGACACAUGCAGAGGACCUAAACUCUGGACCCUUGCACAGGCUCACCAUGAUGAUCAAGGACAAGCAGCAGGUGAAGAAGAGUUAUAUAGGCGUUCAUCAGCAGAUAGAGGCAGAGAUGAUCAAGGUUACAAAGACAGAAUUGGAGAAAUUAAAAUCCAGCUAUAGGCAAUUAAUAAAAGAAAUGAAUUAUGCCAGAGAAAAAUAUAAAGAAGCUUUAGCUAAAGGGAAGGAAACUGAAAAGGCCAAGGAACGCUAUGAUAAAGCCACAAUGAAACUUCAUAUGUUACAUAAUCAGUAUGUAUUGGCAUUGAAAGGGGCACAGCUUCAUCAGAAUCAGUAUUAUGACACUACGCUUCCUCUGCUUCUGGACUCUUUACAAAAGAUGCAAGAAGAAAUGAUAAAAGCACUAAAAGGUAUAUUUGAUGAGUACAGCCAGAUAACCAGUCUUGUUACAGAGGAAAUAGUGAAUGUCCACAAAGAGAUUGAAAUGUCAGUUGAACAGAUAGAUCCUAGUACAGAAUACAAUAAUUUCAUAGAUGUUCACAGAACAAUGGCUGCUAAAGAAGAUAUUGAGUUUGAUAUUUCCUUAUUAGAAGAAAAUGAAAAUCUUCAGGCAAAUGAAAUCAUGUGGAAUAAUUUAACAGCAGAAAGUUUGCAAGUAAUGUUGAAAACUUUAGCAGAGGAACUUAUACAGACACAGCAGAUGCUUUUAAACAAGGAGGAGGCUGUCCUGGAGCUAGAGAAGAGAAUUGAAGAAUCUUCUAAGAGCUGUGAAAAGAAGUCUGAUAUUGUGCUUCUGCUAAGCCAAAAACAGACACUUGAAGAGCUGAAACAGUCAAUCCAGCAGCUGAGAUGCACUGAGGCAAAGUUUGCAGCACAGAAAGAAUUACUAGAGCAAAAAGUACAAGAAAAUGAUGGGAAAGAACCACCUCCAGUUAUAAAUUAUGAAGAAGAUGCACGAUCAGUUACAUCUAUGGAAAGAAAGGAGAGGCUAUCCAAAUUUGAGUCUAUUCGUCAUUCAAUUGCUGGAAUAAUUAGGUCUCCAAAGUCUGCACUGGGCCCUUCAGCACUCUCCGAUAUGAUCUCCAUAAGUGAGAAGCCCCUGGCAGAACAGGACUGGUACCAUGGUGCUAUUCCCAGAAUAGAGGCACAAGAGCUGUUAAAACAACAAGGAGACUUCUUGGUUCGAGAGAGUCAUGGGAAACCUGGUGAAUAUGUCCUUUCUGUAUAUUCUGAUGGACAAAGGAGACACUUUAUCAUUCAAUUUGUUGAUAAUCUAUAUCGAUUUGAGGGCACUGGGUUUUCAAACAUCCCUCAACUUAUAGAUCAUCACUACACAACGAAACAGGUCAUCACUAAGAAAUCGGGUGUAGUUCUGCUGAAUCCUAUUCCUAAGGAUAAGAAAUGGAUUCUCAGUCAUGAAGAUGUCACAUUGGGAGAAUUACUAGGCAAGGGAAAUUUUGGUGAAGUAUAUAAGGGCACAUUAAAGGAUAAAACUUCUGUUGCUGUUAAAACAUGUAAAGAAGAUCUUCCUCAGGAAUUGAAAAUAAAAUUUUUACAAGAAGCCAAAAUUCUCAAGCAGUAUGAUCAUCCCAAUAUUGUCAAACUUAUAGGAGUUUGCACACAAAGACAGCCUGUCUACAUCAUUAUGGAACUGGUUCCAGGAGGUGAUUUCCUCUCCUUUCUGAGAAAGAAGAAGGAUGAACUAAAACCCAAACAAUUAGUGAAAUUUUCAUUAGAUGCUGCUUCCGGUAUGUUAUAUCUCGAGAGUAAAAACUGUAUACACAGGGACCUUGCUGCAAGAAACUGCCUGGUAGCUGAAAAUAAUGUUCUGAAAAUCAGUGACUUUGGAAUGUCUCGUCAAGAAGACGGUGGGGUGUAUUCAUCUUCUGGCUUAAAGCAGAUUCCCAUUAAAUGGACAGCACCAGAAGCUCUUAAUUACGGGAGAUACAGUUCUGAGAGUGACGUAUGGAGUUUUGGCAUCCUCCUCUGGGAGACCUUCAGCUUAGGGGUCUGUCCAUACCCUGGAAUGACAAAUCAACAAGCACGAGAGCAAGUGGAAAGAGGAUACCGGAUGUCAGCCCCCCAACACUGUCCAGAGGAUAUUGCUAAAAUUAUGAUGAAGUGUUGGGAUUAUAAACCUGAAAAUCGCCCUAAGUUCAGUGAACUUCAGAAAGAGCUCGCUGUCAUCAAGAGGAAAAUCACACAGUGACAGAACAGCACCAAACUCAGCCUGCAUGACUCUCCUCCAGCAGAGUAAUAUUGUUGUUCUCAUUAACAAAAAGUUUUACCACAUUGCCUGCAAUGGUUUUCUAAGGUUAUUUUUUUAUUAACUGGGUUUUUAAAAAAAAAUUUUUUUUUAAGUAUCAGAGGCAAAUUUAUUAAAGAAAUAGUCCUAUCAAGGGCUUUAUUAGCUAACCAUAGCAAUCCUGCCAUUUCAGGCCAUUUGGAAAUAGAAAAGCACAGGUUCUAAAUGUGUGAAGGAUAAAAGAUUUUUUUUUUCACACCCAAGACCAUUGAUUUUCACAAAAGCUUUCUACUUCGGGCACAGUUUGUGGGCUGCCAUCCUGUGCCACAGACCCUGCUCAAUUGGUGCUAUAAACUGCAUUGGUAAUGCCAUGGUUGUAGGACAUGUUCCAACCACAGUUGGCUUUCUCCUCGGUCAGGGCAAGAUUAUAUUUGUAAACAUAACUUUAUAUUGGGAAUUAUUUGGACCUCCUGGUGUUUUUCUUUUCUUUCUUGCCAGAAAUGAGCCCAAUAUAAGAAUCAUCAGGCUCUUUCGUUGUUAAUAAGGUUGUCGUUUCCUUCCUCCUAUGUCUGGGCAUCAAAAUGAUGUUUGAAGUGUUGAGGAGGCAGCUGCUUUGAGAGGUCGUUAUGGAGAGCUGUGACAGCAAGAAGCAAGUUUGAACAGGAGGGUGGUCUGGAUUAAAGAGUGGCAAGGGUGGUGAUCAAAGUAGAGAAGAAAAGGAAAAUAUACAAUUCACCCUCUUAGGAGAGUUAUGCCUUUAUAAACAUGCACAUACAUAUGCCCUUUUUAUUUUAUGGUCUCAAUUCACCAGAAAGAUCUUAAGAAAUGUGUCAGGAGUUCACAGAUGGAGCCUUCUUAAUGGUAACAAAAAGUGUUUCUAGAGAAACUACAAAGUCCAAGUCCACAAAAAUAACAGCAUACUUCUGGUUAAGUAUCCUUACCUUAGAGGAAGCUAAGAACGUUUCAGAACGUUAAUUCCCUUCAUUUGUACCAGUUUCUGGAGCUGUCAGAAUUUCAUGAUUCUAGUUCACAAACAUUCCAGUGUGUACACACUAACUACCAAGAUGCAAGGCCGGUGUGAAGAAAGUAGAUAUUGGAAGUCAAGCAAGUGUUAAUGAAGACGAUUAUGUAGGGACAACCCUCCCAUUUCCACCUUCCCCCUUCAUUUACCCUUAAACUGCUCCCUGGACACUCUUAUCAUUGGCUGACAGGUAUGCGAGCACAGUGCUGAAGGUGUCUCCUGUGAAUAAAAUGUAUCACAGACUUAAAACUAGGAUUCUGUUGAGCUGAGUCUUUACUGCAUCCAGAGAACUUACCCCAUGAUCUGUAUAUAGUUGCCUCCCAGGAUAAAAACAUGUGUAGGAGAUGGUCGCGCUCAGGGGUAAAUGUGGCGUUUUGUAAGUCCUCAGGCCUGUGUCCAGAUAAACAUCACUGUAGUGAUUAUUAUUUGGCCUAUGUUCAUUGAAGAGCUAUGGGAUGGGAAUUCCUCCUGCCCUCACCAGCUGUCUUUUGCCUGUGAAUAUCAUUGCACAGAACUCACACCAGGACUUUAAAAAGUAUAAAGGAUGAUGCUAAAGAGAAAAAUGACUUGUGUCUAUCAUUUCAAUCACCUUGCAGAUUUUGUACACAUUUAAUAAUUAGCAUAUUCAGACUAAAAUGAAAGCGUUAAUAAGC